AGCGAUGCGAAAACACGACAGAGACGAUGAAAAGGAAGAUGGAUCUGUGUGUGUGUGUGUAAUGUAGUAUCAACAGUCAUUUAUCAUCACUGACCGAUUUCCCCGUCAAUUUCCGAAAGCGAAAGUCGAAAUGGAAACAAUAAGGAGGCCAAUCUCCAAAGUGUUUGUGGCUUCCAAAUUGGCCGAUCUUGGCCAGAUCGUGAAAGAAGCAAUAAAAAAUAUUGGAAAUGUUUGUGUCCGAGAGUUACAAGUUACACCUGAUGGGAGAUUGGCUCAAGAAUGUGUUGAUGAAAUACCCGAAAUAGAGUUCUUGUUUGCGGACCCAUCAGUUAUUGGACAAGUCUUGUCUAGCAACAAAAAUAGAGUGGCAUGGAUGCAGUCUACCUUUGCAGGUCUGGAUGCUGCCUUCAAAGUAAUAGACAACCUAGAGAAACCUCCAAAUGCCAUCCUGACAAGGCAGACAGAUGGAUUUGGCCAGUUCAUGGGGGAAUAUGUAAUUGGUCAAAUAAUUGCCAGGGAAAGAAAUUUUACGCUCAUGACGGAACUGCAAAAACAGUCGAAUUUUGAUUGCUCACAAUUGGUGUCAUAUAGAGGCCUUAAUGAACUGUGUCUUGGAGUUAUAGGAUUUGGGAUAAUUGGACAGGAAGUGGCAAGACAAUGCAAGGCCAUGAAUAUGACAGUGUGGGCGGCUGUUCGUGAUGCUCGCUUCAAUAAUGGUCAAGCAGUCAGUGAACAUGUUCAUCAUAUCAGGCCGAUGUCAAAACUUUCUGAAAUGCUCCAGGCGUGUGACUAUGUGGUCAGUGUGUUGCCCAGCACACCCGAGUCACGUGGUCUGUUGUCCGGGAAUGUGCUACAAGCAUGUGAGAAGAAGAAGUCUGUACUUAUCAACAUAGGACGAGGUGAUGUCAUCGAUGACGACAGUCUUGUCAAUGCUGUCAGAUCCGGCUGGCUCAGUGGUGCUAUUUUAGAUGUAUUUAAUCAAGAGCCUCUGCCUGCAGACAGCCCCUUGUGGAGCGUACCUGGCAUAACCAUCACACCUCAUGUCAGUGGCAUCACAAAUGUGAACAAGGCAGUGAAGACUUUUACAGAUAACAUUGUCCGAUACAGGAAUGGAGAACCCAUGUUAAAUCAAGUUGAAAUGUCCAAAGGAUAUUAAGUGCAGGGUAUUUUUAAAUCUUUUAUUCUUGUCAUUCAUUGACUGUUAAUUUGGUCUACCUUUACAUUUGUUGAUUUUAUUAAGCAGAAGCAAAUUGUGUUACAGUAAAGAGUGGAGAUUUUGAAUUUGUUUUCAAAAGAUUCAUUUGUUGUGCUUGGUAAGGCCUUAAAAUGUUACUUAUAAAAAAUAAUGACGAUUGAUCGAUUGUCUUUGACAGUCCUCGAA